CCAACAUCCAGUCAACAAUUGCCAGCGAUACCUCUGCGCCAGCUAUGCUCAACUGACUUUGUACAAAUAUCCAUCACCGCGGCCUGUUCUCUGUCUCCGUGUACCCUUCCCAUCGGCGGCCCCUCGCUGCCAGGUCGCGCGCAUCCAGCGUCGCCGGCCCCGUACACCUCGUCUCUAUCUUGUUGCAUAAGAGAAUUCUUUCGCCAUGGCCGAUAACCCCAACAGCGCUUCAACCCCUUUGGGAGUCAAGAGCUCGUCGUCGUUGAACACUAGCAACAAUAUCCCCCCAAUCCCAUCCUCUCCUCCUCCGCGAAGCUCAGCCAAGGAACGUCGAAACCCGUCCAUCACCCCCAGGAAAUUCAGGCGCUUCUUUACUCCCCGAGUCAUAGCCAACAACAACCCCAGCGCUUCCCAAAGGGCUCUUCGUGAUCUAGCCGGUCCUCUCCUAGAACGAUCCCAUACACCAUCCAGCCCUCUCAGGCCCAUCUCGGAAGAGGAAAUCCCCGAUGUGUUACCGAGCCUUCAAGAUGGCCAGAGGAGCUCUAAGCGUCGAAAGAUUACCCAUGCUUCAACACCCAAGAGGGCUGAGGCAUCUCACGUAUCCCACCUACCCUCUCCUGCGGCCACAUCCCCAGCGUUACUUCCGACUCCCGAGUUGAGGCGCCAUCGCCUCGGCAGUCCCAUCCAUUCUAUUCGAAAGCUGCCAUCCCAAUUGGCCCUCGAUGAAGAUGAGGCUGAGUCGGAAGAAAGUGAUGAUGAUGAUGAGCAAGAGUUGCCAACCACACGGCGUCGGCCAAACCGGGCGCCUAUACAGUUGGACCGUCGGGGAGUGGGAGCUCAACUGGUGCAGCGAAUGACAGGUGGUAUGCCUGGUGCUGGAAACAGGACUAUGUCAUGCCCAGUUUCCGACUGGAGAUCGGAAACAGCAGACUUUUAUAGUCGCCGUGAAGACGCUCACUUUAUGACCAGCCACGAAGGACACCCUCGCAGCAUCCCAUUCUGCACCACAAGCUGCAAUACCAAGAGUCUUGUUGCUGUAGGUGACGAGGAAGGGUAUGUGCGUCUGCUAGACACCCAGAACGAGUUCUCUCAGAUCAACAUGUCGUUCCAGGCGCAUGGCAACGCCAUCAUUGACAUGGCCUUCUCCGACGAUGACUUGCUUCUUGCCACAGCUUCUGGUGACCAAACAGGCAAGGUACUGGACUUCGUAACACAACAGCCCAUUUCGAUCCUAGGUCACCACACCGCAUCCCUCAAACAAGUCCGUUUCCAGCCGGGCCGCGGCGCCAAUUCUGUCCUUGCAACCACUAGUAGAGAUGGCAGCGUACAGAUUUGGGAUCUCCGUUGCCGAGGCGGUCCUGUGCAAGACGUUGCUAUCCGCUCAGAAGCUGGCCUUCACGCUCGUCUUCCUCGCACCCCUAACCCGGGCUGCGUCGUUAACAGCAUCUAUGAUGCCCACUCACGCAUUCCCCAGAAACAGGCUCGCAAUCUGCUUCCCGGCGCCAGUAACGUCGACGUGGCCCGGAUAGGCGAGGUACCUGGUCGCCUUGGUGAAGUCUCCGUCACCGCUCUCCAAUUCCUUCCUCCUGGUAGGGAACACCUCUUCCUCACAGCGUGCGAAGCCGACGCCAGCGUCAAGCUCUGGGACAUCCGCGCCGUGCACACCAGCCGCCACCACAAGUACAGCACGCCCGUCUCCUUCACAGCGCCCCUGCCCAGCCACGCCAAUUGGCGUCCCUUUGGCAUCUCCUCCAUGGCCCUCGGCGGCGACGGCUCCCGCCUCUACACCCUCUGCAAAGACAACACCGUCUACGCCUACAGCACCGCCCACCUCGUCCUCGGCCACGCCGUCGAGCUCGCCGCCGCCCGUCCCGGCGAGGAACCCCCGCGCCGUCGACACCACAACCACGGCACCGCGCACGAGGGUCUCGGUCCGCUCUACGGCUUCCGCCACCGGCUCUUUCACGCAACUAGCUUUUACGUGAAAUCCGCCAUCCGGCCCGCUAGGAACGGCCACUCGGAACUUCUCGCAGUCGGCAGCAGCGACGGCGCCGCCGUCCUCUUCCCCACUGACGAGCGCUACAUCAAAGAAGCCUUCGCUUGGCAGCGCCAGCACCCCGGCCAACAAGAAGACGACGAGUCCUACCUCGUCGGCGAACCCACAUCAUGCAUUCCCGUCACGCCCGCUCGUCCGCGUCUUACCCGGAGCGCUACCACCUCCCUUCUGUCUUCGUCAUCCUUGUUCUCCAUGUCCUCCUCGUCAGGAGGAGGACGACCGGGAACUAGCUCCUCAGCGAGCUUGUUCGGCAUCAAGGGCGGUCAUCAUCAUCAGUCAUCAAACACGCCCAUCAUCCGCCGCGGCACGCCGCUUGUGCGCGGACACGAGAAGGAGGUGGGCGCGCUUACGUGGGCGCUGGAUGGCAGCUUGGUGACGGCCAGCGACGAUUACCUUGUGCGCUGCUGGCGCGAGGGUCGCGAGGAGGCGGCGGAUUUGAGAACUGGUGGUGAGACGGGCGGGAGGAGGUGGGGGUGUGGAUGGGCGGAUGUGGGGGAUCAGUGGGAUGGGGAUGUUGAUGAUUGGUGAUGGAUGGGGUGGGAGAGAUGUGUGGUGAAGACGAAACAAGAGAAGAGAAGAGGAGAGGAGGAUACCACGGCACGACAGUGCGGUGCGUCUCUGUUCGUGAACCGUUGUCUAAGUUGUUGGGAGUUGUGGUGGAAGUCAGUUGUUCAAGUCCACAUUGAUGAUCACGACGAUCAUGACGAUGAUGAUUAGGUCUGUCUGUCAGGCUGCUGUUUCGGACGAUUAAAGAGGAGGAGGAUUCCUUGAAGAUAUCCUUUUGUUGUUGUUGUUCUGUUGCUUGUUGUGGGCGUCUGGUAGCGUAUGUAUGGUUGAAACUUGACUUAACUUAGCGAGAAGGUGAAGCUACUUACUUUCUGACAACAAACGAAACAAAUCAAAUUCACAUGAA